AUGUUUGUCAUUGCAUUGGCUGAAGUAUAUAAUCCUAAUUAUAUUCCACAAGACUGGCAUUAUUAUUUAAUAUAUGUCACACUUGCAAUAGGUGGUUGGGCGGUUAACGUUUUUGCAAUAGCAUUAUUACCGAUGAUUAACUAUGUGCUAGUGGUUGUUAUUAACGGUGGCACAUCGUUUAUUGUCAUGACUCUCCUCAUCAAGUCAAAUCCUAAGCGUUCAGUUGAAUAUGUUUUUCAAGGAAUACAGAAUUAA